AUGUCUUUUAUUGUUCAAAAAGCUGGCAACCAAGCCAUCGAUGUGAACCGCGUCAGCGGGGUCGAUUACCACCUGACGACGAACGGGUCGGACUGGCUGUGGGCGGUUGCGUCGAUAUUUGGGCUGUUGACGGUUGUCUACGCAGCGUUGUUCUUCGCCGCCGAGUACAAGGGAUCAGCGCUGACGAGGUACGCGCUCGCGGUGCCCUUUUUGAUCUCGUUUUUCGAGUUUUUCUUCUACUUCACGUACGCCUCGAAUCUGGGCUGGACCGCCAUCCAGGCAGAGUUUGGGCACGUCACGGUGGAUGAUCCCGUUACCACGGCGAGUCCGGGGUACAGACAGAUCUUCUAUUCGAAGUUUGUGGCGUGGUUUCUGUCGUGGCCCUUGCUUCUGUUUCUGCUGGAGCUGGCAGGCAGCUCGACCACGGUGCCCGCGUCGGAGCUGGAGACGUUGUCUGUUUUCGAUAUGGUGCACAGUCUUUUGAUCCAGAUCUUCAGCGCCUUUUUCUGGGUUGUUUCGCUGUUGGUGGGCUCUUUGAUCCGGUCCUCGUACAAGUGGGGUUACUGGACCUUUGGUGCCGUCACCAUGUUGAUUGGCGAGGCUGUCAUCAUCAGAAGACACGUGUUCACCCUGAAGCUGAGAGGGUUUUCUCUGGGAAUGCUGUGCACUGCUUCUGUCAUAGUCUGGUUGUAUUUUGUUUGCUGGGGCCUGUCCGAAGGUGGCAACGUUAUUCAGCCCAAUUCCGAGGCUGUGUUUUACGGCAUACUGGACUUAUGCAUUUUUGCUAUCUAUCCGGCCUAUCUCUUGUUCAUCGUUGCGCGCUUUGGCAGGUGGCCAUCGUUUUCCUUGAGAGGCGGUUUUGGGAAAGACUACCAUGAUACGCAUACCGAGAAGACUUCGGAUCCAAAUUCGAUCAGAGAAUCGGGCGACACUCACGUCGUGGGUGCCGUUCCCGGUGUUGUUUCUGCUACUGGCCCUGACACUCAUCCUUCUACAGUUUCGCCUAGCGCCAACACUACCACCGCACGGGCUGCUACUAAUCCUCAUCCAACUGCAACUGCAACUGCUGAAGAAGUUUAA